GUGUAUAUAAACCUCGCUGCAGCGGCAUCAUUCCGUCAGAGUAGUCCUGCCUCCGCAGUAGCAAGCCACCAUUUCAAGCAACACCAUGAGGCUCCUGUUGGUUUCCCUGCUCAUUUGCGCCCUUGCCGGUGCCUGCUUAGCCGGAUUGGUCGCAUACGGAGGAGGCGGCGGCUAUGGAGGAGGCGGCGGCUACGGAGGCGGCCAUAGCUACGGCAAAUCAUUGCCGGGACCGUCCUUCCUGAUCAAGACCCAGCACCACGUUAGCAAAGUGAGCCACGGAGGACCAAUCCUCAGCAACUACGACCUCGGAGUCUCCUACGGUGGCGGACACGGCGGUGGCUACGGUGGCGGCUAUGGCCACGGGUGGCACUGAAUCCAGAAGACGUAGCUAUGCAGGAGACACUGUACGCUGCGCUCGUGGACCGUGCGUGCGUGCAGAAGUGAUGCAUCUGCUACACACCGCACAAGAGCGCGUCCUCUUCGUUCGAGACAGGUGGUCUUAUAGUCAACGCGUGCGAGUGUGCGUGGCAAGCACUUGCCAUGCACACCAGCAAAGGAGAUGUGCACUAGAAAAGACGUCAAAGAAAGUCUGCGAGAAAACCGAAUAUGAUCAACGUGUAACAGUGUAACCAGGCAAACUGUAUGUAGUGACUCGAGAACGAAGUGCCACGGCGUUCCGCAGUAAUGUCAGCAUCCUCUGCAGUGUAUAUUUUGUACAGAAAAAAAGAUUGAAUAAUAAAGGACGUGCAAUGAAAAA